AUGAACCCGAAUUUUCAACCCGGUAACCAAAGCGGGUCAUCAUGUCAAAAUCGCCAAGGAAGUAACCAAUGGAGUUACCAAAGGAACUACAAUCAAUGCGGUAAUGGGAGUGGCAAUUCAAACUCUCAAGGUGAUGAUUCAUUAAACUCUAAACUUGAUGCUAUUAUGAAUGCUAUCAACCAUUCAAAUCAAGAGAUAAAGAAAGAGUUUGAGGUGCGAGACAAGUCGCAUAAGGCAUUGGAAAAGCAAGUGGGCCAACUUGCGGAAGAAAUGGCUCAAAUUCGUGGAAGUGGAGGAAGACUUCCAAGUGACACGGCAAUGAACCCGAAGCAUCAAAGCUCAAGCACGGGCAAUGUGAGGAAUGUACACAUUAGCACGGUAAGUCUUCUUCCGAAUGAUAAAAUUUGUAGUGUUCAAAUCAUUCCACCACCACAAUAUGUUGAUGGUGUAGUGGAAGAUAUAAGUGAUGAGCCGGAAAGUGAAAAUGAACAAGAAACAAUUUCACAAAAUGACAUUAAAAAGGUUCCGGCUCAUGUAGAAUGUUUGAAAGAGUUGAGCAUUGAAAAACGACACAAUAAAUUACCCGAACCAAUUGAUUUGGUAUCACAUGUUAGUGCCGUUUUAUCAAGUGCGCUCCCCCAAAAAGUUCAAGAUCCAGGAGACCCUCUUAUCCCAAUUCAAAUUGGAACAUUUAAAAUUGAGAGGGCGCUCCUAGAUCUUGGAGCUUGUGUGAGCAUCUUGCCCGGGAGUUUGUAUGACCAAUAUGAUUUUGGUCCAUUGAAAAAGUUUGAUACUCCCGUAGUAUUGGCCGAUCAGACUCCCACGCAUCCACGGGGGAUGGUGGAGGAUGUGAUUGUUAAGGUGGAUGAUUGCUACUACCUAGUUGAUUUUUUGGUAGUAGACUAUGCUGGGUGUAUUGAGGACACCCAAUCGAUAGUCAUAUUGGGUAGACCGUUCCUUGCAACAGCUAAUGCCAUAAUAAAAUGUGCAACGGGAACGGUAAGCAUGAAAUUUGGGGCCCGGGAAUUAAAUUUAAAUGUUUUUCUAAAAUUUACUAACCCACUCGGUGAGGAUACGUGUCCCAAGAAGGACAUGAAUCCAAACAAAAAGGUAUGUGCUAUGGUUGGUAGGUUUGGAGAACCAAAGAAGAAACCGGUCACGAAGAAGAAGGCGAAGAAGUCGCUUCAAGAAAAGAAGAAGGAAGAGGAAGUGAGGAAGUUUGGACCGUUUGGCAACAAAUGGUAUGAAUCACCGGUGGGUGAUUUCGAGGAGUUUGUAGGCGGCAAGCAUGCCAUUCGACCACCAUGA